AAAACAUAGAGGAAGAAGAAGAAAGCCAAACAAGAGAGGAAAGAUGGAUCACUUAGCAGCAGUGGAGCAGCAAAUGGUAUCCGAAAGAAUGAGGAAGAGGCUCAACGAAGUCAAUUUAGCUGCUCAAUCUCAGCUCGCUCCUGUUCAAGACCAUAUCAAUUUCACCCUCCAGCAAGCAUACUUCAAGUGUGCGUAUGAGUGCUUUGACAGGAGGAGAAAGCAGGAAGAGAUAAGCAAUUGUGUGGAGCAUUGCAGUGUUCCUGUUGUUAAUGCCCAACAGCAUUUUGAGAAUGAGAUGGCCAAGUUUCAAGAAAGAAUGAAUAGAUCCCUGAUGGUCUGCCAGGACAAGUUCGAAGCGGCUAAGCUCCAACAGGUUGGAAGUGAUGCCAUUAAUGAUCUAGAGUCAUGUGUCAACAAGUCCAUUGAGGAUAACAUGAAGACACUCCCACAUCUCGUUGCAAGGUUAAAAUCUUCUUUUUCUAUCAGUGAUCAACCCAAAUGAUUAUAUUAUCAAAGGAUACAUGACCCAGGUAUGGGGAAUUAUAGAAGGCACUGUUUUCUCCUCCAAAAUGCCUUUCUAGAAUCCGAUAUAGAAACCAUUUGAUUCACAUACUUGUUUGAGAUGAACCAAUAAUCCUUCUUAGGCUCGGACUUGGCGAUGGAUUUUGCUCUGAACCAUAAAAUUUAGAAACUCUUCUGAUUCCGCAGAUACACAUGCUAGCUUUUUUUUCAUCCAUAAUUUACCAAUAAUUAGUAUAUUAAAUU